AUGUCCAGCUCUCAUUUAACGAUCCAACAAUUCACAUACGAUCCUCAUACGGAUUUGAUCCGAUCUAUCAACGGGCAUUCGGAAUUAUCUUCCGUUGUCAUAAAUGAUGGAUCUCCUCAAUCAGAGUCAGGUUGUUCGGUCCAAUCAUUGGUCACUUCUUCAGAGAAUGACCAUCACCACCAAGAUUCUGUUCAAGGCGAUGAUUUGAAAGAUCUAGAAAUCGAACUUGAUACCAUCUAUCAAAGAUUUUCACAACCCCAUCUUGAGAAAGGCAAUAAUUCAUAUAGGAUAUACAGUACAGCAAGGUAUUAUCCAAGUUUGAAAACGUUGGAGAGAUUCAGUAUCACUGCCUCUCCUACUUCCGAUGGUGACAUGAGUAUAGUCAAUACAAUGAGUAAAGACCUGAAUGAAGGCUUGAACAAAAACCGUGAUUGGUUUAGAGAUGUUGUUGAUAAUCAUCACCUCGAAACCUAUCAACAGACAGAAAGAACCCUUUUCAAUACGAUUAUUCUCAAACAUGAGCACAAAAUCAAAAACGGAAAGAGGAAUAUGGUUGAUUUGCACCAGGUUACACCUGAAGAGUUCAAGAAGUUUACCGGAAUCGGACUUCCAAACAAAUCACCCGGAUUAUCACCUUACUCUUCUGAUUCUGAGAUUGACAUUGAAGGUUCAAUCCCAGAAGAGGAACAGGAGUCGAUUUGUGACACUUCACAGCUAUUGAAUGAAGGUCAUCAGGGUCAGACUGAACCUUCCACCACAUCGCAACGAACUAUGAAACAGAAACAUAUGAAGAGAUUAUCGAAAAGAUUGAAAUAUGUCUGGAAUACCAAAAUGAAUUGUUUCAACAGCCUUGAUGUGGACUGGGAAGAAGGUGAAUAUGGGAUGGUUCCUACACAAUCGGAAUUGUUGUUCAAUUGA